AUGCAUGAUGCCCACGAUGCCCACGCCGGCAUCAAGUAUCCCAUGCGGCCUCAUCACCAGUCUCACCUCUCGGGUGGCCGUCCCGUCAACCUGCACUCGCCUCAGGAGCCCUCCGCCGCCGCCCAGCGAUACUCUCCCAUGGAGACACUGUCCCCCACCUCGCCCUAUGCUUCCAAGCCGGGCCCCGUUGGCCAGCUCGCCAGCCCAACCCAGAGGCAGUCGCCCACCCGCCAGCCCGACUACUCUCAAUCUCCCUACUAUGGUGGUCGCCAGCAAGGCCAGCAGCUUCCCCCCAUCACGCCCUACGCGUCUACCAACAGUCAGGACGGUUAUCCCUCGUCCGCAGUCGCCCACCUUGAUGGCGCUUUUAACCUGGAUCCCAAGUCUCCUCGUCGCCCUGUGCCCACCAUGGCAGUUACUCGGGGCCCCGUCCCCGAAUUCAAAAAGUUGAGGGCCCCUACCGAUCUCAGGCCCAAGGUCAACGCCCAGCCGCCCUUCCGUCGCGCCAACCCCGAAGGCGGCUUCAUUAGCCCUCUCCAAGCCCUGACAGUUCAUCUCCCCGCCACGUAUCGCAUCUGCAACCCGAGCUUCAAAUACGAGUCGUCUCGAAACCCUCGCCGAGUCUUGACCAAGCCUAGCAAGGGUGUCAAGAAUGAUGGCUACGACAACGAGGAUAGCGAUUAUAUUCUAUACGUCAACGAUAUCCUUGGCUCCGAGGAAGCUGGCCACAAGAAUCGGUAUCUCAUCCUGGAUGUCCUCGGUCAGGGUACCUUUGGUCAGGUCGUUAAAUGCCAGAACCUAAAGACCCAAGAAGUGGUGGCUGUAAAGGUCAUCAAGAACCGCACUGCCUACUUCAACCAAAGUAUGAUGGAGGUCUCAGUUCUCGAUUUGCUCAACACGAAGCUUGACAAGAACGACGACCACCACCUUCUGCGCCUCAAGGAUACCUUCAUCCACCGCCAGCAUCUGUGCUUGGUGUUUGAACUCCUGAGCGUUAACUUGUACGAGCUCAUCAAGCAGAACCAGUUCCGAGGACUCAGCACUACUCUUGUUCGUGUCUUCGCCCAGCAGCUUCUUAAUGGCCUUGCGCUCCUCAACAAGGCCCGCCUUAUCCACUGCGAUCUGAAGCCCGAGAACAUUUUGCUCAAGAACCUCGAGAGCCCCAUCAUCAAGAUCAUUGAUUUUGGUUCCGCCUGUGAUGAGCGGCAAACCGUCUACACUUACAUCCAGUCCCGAUUCUACCGGUCCCCCGAGGUCCUACUCGGCCUUCCAUAUUCCUCCGCCAUCGACAUGUGGUCCCUUGGAUGUAUUGUGGUCGAACUUUUCCUGGGACUGCCUUUGUUCCCAGGUUCGUCGGAGUAUAACCAAGUGGCGCGUAUUGUCGAGAUGCUUGGAAACCCGCCCAACUGGAUGAUCGAGAUGGGCAAGCAGGCAGGCGAGUUCUUCGAGAAGAGGCAGGAUGAGUUUGGACGACGAACCUAUCACCUCAAGAGCAUGGAGCAAUAUGCGCGAGAGCACUCAACCAAGGAGCAGCCCAGCAAGAAGUAUUUCCAGGCCAGCACCUUGCCCGAGAUUAUCAAGUCCUACCCCAUGCCUCGCAAGAAUAUGAAGCAGAGCGAGAUUGACCGAGAAAUGAACAACCGGAUAGCCUUUAUCGACUUCGUUCGCGGUCUCCUAACGAUCAACCCUCUGGAGAGAUGGUCACCUCAACAGGCCAAGCUCCACCCCUUCAUUACCCAGCAGAAAUUCACUGGGCCAUUCGUGCCACCCAUGAACCUCAAGUCGAGCUCGCUCAACAGGUCUCCAGCACCCGGAACUCAGCAACAGCAGCAAGCUGAAGCACUUAGCAAGCAACGGGCGCAGGCGGCGCAGGCACAGGCGAACUCGGCGGCUCAAGGCGCGUACGCCUCUAUGGCCACUGGACAGUAUCCACAGUCUGGACACGCGCAGUCACAGAUGUAUGGCAACAAUGCCAUGUACUCGCCCGGCGGCGGCAGUCAUGGAAACGGGCCAGCUGCGUAUGGCCAACAGUCGGGUCAGUAUGGUCCUAUGGUCAUGGCCCAACCGCCUCAGCAGAUUCCCCAGGGCGUUCAGUAUGCCCAAAUGCCCCAGCCGCAGAUGUAUCAGCAAGGAGGAAUGCGACCAGCUCGACAACGGGCAUCUACCAUGGAGCAGCAACAAAGUGGCAUCCCGGCUGCUAUCCAGCGAGUGGCUAGCCACCUUGACCCCAGCCAACCUAUCCGCCUGCAGCCCAGCCCUGCGUACUACCCGCCUUCUGGAGACAUGAGCGGCGGUGGUGAUAACGGACCUCGAUCAGCAAGAAGAGGAAGUCGCGUGCAGCAAGGCGGACGAGGUAGCAACCGGGACUUUAUCCGCAACCUGGAGGAGCGUACUCUCGAAGAAGGCUUUAUGGGAAACAACCAGAACGCUUGGCAUUGA